CUUCACAUGUUUCAGCUCUAGAGCUAUUCAUAUCGAAAUGCUGGACAAUAUGUCUACCGAUGCUUUCAUCAAUGGUUUGCGCUGUUUUAUUGCAUUGCGUGGAGCAGUGCGCCAAAUUAAAUGUGACCAAGGCACCAACUUUGUAGGAGCCAAGAAUGAGCUGAAAAAUGCUCUUAAGGAGAUUGAUGCUGAUCGACUGACUGUGUUCUUAGCUGAGAAGCAGUGCGACUUUGUCCUAAAUGCACCCCAUGCAAGUCAUACUGGUGGGGUAUGGGAGAGGCAAAUCAGAACAGUGAGGAAUGUUCUUCGCUCAACUCUCUCACUCUCUUCUGGAAGACUGGACGAUGCUUCACUGCGGACAUUCUUUUAUGAAGCUAUGGCAAUCGUAAACAGCAGACCACUCUCAGUUGAUAACUUAAAUGACCCAAACAGCCUUGCACCUCUCACACCUAAUAACCUGCUUACAAUGAAGUGCAUCCCAGCAUUGCCACCACCCGGCAGAUUUAUUAGAGAAGACAUCUAUGCAAGGAAGAGGUGGCGUCAUGUUCAGUACCUUGCAGAGCAAUUUUGGAGUCGUUGGCGUAAAGAAUAUCUGUCCAACAUUGCCACUAGACAGUGCUGGCACACAGCAAAGAGAAAUCUGCAAGUAGGAGACAUUGUCAUGGAAAAGACUGAUCUGCCCAGAAAUGAGUGGCGACUGGCCAGAGUAACGGAGACUACUACAGAUAAAGACGGGCUUGUGAGAAGAGUCAAGAUAUGCUUUGGUGACCGGAAUCUAGAAAAGGAUGGUCGUCGCCUGAACAAGCUGUCUGUCAUUGAACGCCCAGUACAGAAGCUGGUCCUGUUGCUAGAAACAGUCUAGCUAAUUCUAAGAGCAACCAAGUGUAUCCUUUUCUUCAUAUGACUUACAUUCCAGAAUUAAUUUACUUUAGUAUGAACACUUUAUGUGCAUGCUUUUGAGCAGAAGGUCAUCUUUAAUUGAAAAUCAUUUGUAAUUUGUUCUUUAAAUGUUACAAAAAAAAAAAUUACUCUUGAUUGGUGGGAGUAUAAAUAACCCUCUGAUUAUUUGAGUUAAUUUCCUGCGUUUAUAUGUUAUUUUGAUAUUAGUUAGGUAUUUUCUAGAUAAUAAUUAUAUGUUUGUGAUGUUUUGAAAUGCUUCUUUGCACUCUUUAAGUUGUUUAUCCGAUGGAGACUUUUAUUUUGAAAGACGGCUUGCAGGAAAAAAGGCGCGGCGCUCGCUAAAACACGGAAACAGAGACCGCGGAGAUCGCAGAGAAGGAGAGCACGCGUACAGAAACGGAGACGGAACAAAGUUAACAUAAAUAAUUAAGAACACUUUAAAAAAGUAAAAAGGAAAUUAGCAUCGUUUUGUUUUAUUUUAACUUUGAUAUUUUAACACCUGGUUGAAAGGGAGAACAAGCUCUUACGGUGUUGUGACAAUAAAAACACAAAAGGAAGGCAACACAA